AUGGCUGCCAAUGAGUAUAGAUUCCAGGGUAAGAAAAGGGAAAGGCUACCAAGACACUUUGAUAAGCUGAUUGCUAAUCCUGACGAUGCAGAAGAUCGCUGUCAUGGUGGUGGUAUUCCUCAUGAAGGAGGAGAUCGUCGCAUCGUCGCUGGUUUCACGGUACGACGCCGGCUUGACAAUAACUUUCCUAUCCAUCGACUCUGCUACGACCACCGCUUUACAACCGCCCAGAAACUUUCUCAGUGUAUUGACAAGGCAAUAAAAGAUGAGUCACCGCUCGUGGACGAGUUUGGAAUGACUCCAUUCCACGUCCUCUUUUCAACAAUCGGAGCAAAUCCAAAUCUUCUCGUGGUCCUUCUAGACAAGCUUCCAUACUCGCAUCUCCUAUACUUGAAAGAUGUCAAUGGCAAGCUGGCAACGGACUACCUAUUGAGCAACUGGUCGCGGGAAAACAAGAUUUUGCUACAGAGAACCCUGCACAGCUGGAUGUUUCGUCGAUUGGAGCGCUGGGGUGCGAAAUCUUGGAGAAACCGAAUAUUUCCUCUUGUGAAUAAUCUACUCGCGGAAGAUGAUGACGAGGAACGAAGAAUGGCAAUGUUUCGUGAGGCAUGGUCCGUUUUCAAACAAUACAAAGCUGUCGAGGCCACUACGGUCUUGGAGAUGGCCUUGUGGAAAGGGCAGCUCAAGGGUGGACGGACCAAGGAUGGUUCCAAGCGGCAGGCGCUCGAUCGAGAUGAGUGCCGGGGUGUCUGUGGAACAGACAUUGUGAUUCCAAGUGUUCGAAAGUUCUUGGGGAAUGUCGUCGUCAUUGAAUAA